GUUGACGUCACGUCCAUUUACGGCAAAGAUGUUCAUGUGGAAAACAUGCUGAGAAGUUUUAAAGACGGAAAGCUAAAGUUACAGACUUUGAACGGCGAGGAGUACCCAUUGUACCUAAAAGACGCCCCUGUGGAAAUGACGUACCCGGCCAGCGUACCACCAGAGCGCAGGUUCGCCCUGGGCCAUCCCUUCUUCGGCCUCCUGCCGGGACUAUUUCUUUACCAAACUAUCUGGAUGAGGGAACACAACCGUGUGUGUGACAUACUGAAACAAGAGCACCCAGAUUGGGAUGAUGAACAACUUUUCCAGACAGGCAAACUUAUCCUUGUGGGAGAGACAAUCAGAAUCGUCAUAGAAGACUACGUACAGCAUUUAGCCAACUACAACCUCAAACUCAAGUUUCUACCUCACGUUCUAUUUGGGGAAAAUUUCCAGUACCAGAACAAAAUCAGCCUGGAGUUCAACCACCUGUACCACUGGCACCCUCUUAUGCCGGAUGAGUUCAACAUCACUGGCUCCGUGUACCCCAUGAAAGACUUCAUGUUCCAUUCUGAAGUGGUAGUUAAUCACGGUACCGCGGCUGUCACGGACGCUUUCUCCAGGCAAAGAUCUGGACAUAUGUCUCACCACAACCACGGAGCUGCUACCCAGUACGUCUUGAGGGAUGCGAUCAAAACUGGCAGGGAACUGCGCAUACAACCCCUCAACAACUACAGAAAAAGAUUCAACCUGAGGCCUUAUACGUCAUUUGAAGAUCUCACAGGUGAGACCAAGCUAGCAGGGGAGCUCCAAAAGCUUUACCACGACAUUGACGCCGUAGAAUUCAUGGUUGGUAUGAUGGUAGAGAAACGCAGGACCAGGAACCUGUUCGGAUCUACCAUCGUAGAGGUCGGCGCGGGUUACUCCGUGAAAGGUCUCCUUUCCAACCCUAUAUGCUCACCUCAAUACUGGAAGCCUUCUACGUUUGGCGGGGAUGUAGGCUUUGAAAUCGUCCAAACAGCAACUCUGGAAAAGCUUUUCUGUGCUAAUAUCAAAGGGAAGUGCCCCUUGGUGUCUUUGAGGGUACCCGAUUUUCAGAUCGGAGACGUGGAUGAAUUGAGUAAUUUUGUAGUUAAAGAUGAAUUAUAGUGCAAUGCUGUCGUAUAGUUAUAUUACAAAUUAUUAUUGUUACUAUUAAAGACGUUAUGAUAUUAUUGUUUUAUUAUGAUUGUGUUGCCACUUGGGAUAAUCUAGAAUGUUACGCCGAAAGUUUUCUCUUUUCUUUCAAGCCACACUCCUGCUCUUUAAAGAAAAAAAUAUUUAUUAUGAUAUCUUUUAAAGCCCUUUUUAACGAAGUUUAGGUAAUCCUGAAAACCUACCACUCAGUUCCAACUCCAAGGACAAUGACUGACUGGCGAAACUUUCUAGUACGAGCAUGAAAAAAAUGAAGCAACACAGAGUCGUAUUCCAAAUCACUUACUAGUAGCUGCAUUUACAACUGGGCUACAACUAGGAAUGCGCGUGUUACAUAAUGCCAUUGCGAUAAAUCUGCAGCUCACCCAGUGAGGGGUUAGGGGUGAGAGGGUGUAUGCUGUAAAUUUCUACUACACAGAGAUCGAUCAACUGAAUCGGCAAGUACUGUUAUUUUCAAUAGUUUUUCAGUGUUCUUACUUCAUCAAAUCCACUUCAAGCGUUUUCAAAUCAAAUACUUAGACGCUUUUGGUAAUUGUAAUGUAUUUCUAUAAUUUAUUCAAAAGACAGUUCUUUUUUUAACACGAAAAGUCUGGCCAAAAUGUACUCUGUCAGCCGAAUGGGUAAGGUUGUUGUUUUGUUUGUUUGUUUGUUUGUUUGUUUGUUUUUUGUUUACUCAUAACAGACAGUUUCAGCUUUAUUAGAGUGACUUAGUUUUAUUUGCUGUUUGAGUUUGUGAGAGUGUGUAUGAGAUUAAAAAGAGUAUUGAGUUGAUGAUGAGUUAAUGAAAAUGUUUGGUUACCAGAAACUAGAGAUGAUAUAUUGUUUAUGUUACUUUGUGAUCCUUUUAUUUAUAUUAAAUGUGUUAGUAUUUCAAUUGGUGUUCCCAUUUUCACAUUUUCACAUUCUAAGCAUCUUGGAAUUAAAUUUUAAAUGAGAGGCGCUAUAAAACAGCCAGUCACAAUGAUCAUGUUAUCAUCAUUGACAUUAAUAAUAAUAUUGAUAUCAUCACGAUCCAAUGAUAGUUUUUUUUAUCAUUGUUUUUAAUUUUACCUUUUUCCUUCUGUUCUUAAUAUUCUUCUUUUCAUUGUUCCCAUCAAUAUCAUCACUAUCUCUGCCAUUAUUUCGAAUAUAAAUGGUAAUACGGCGGUUUCUUAAAGGGUGUUUUUUUUUCGUGUGUUUUAGGGGGUAAUGUAAUCACCGGAGGGAUGUGCAAGUGUUAAUGUAGGCGGUAGAGAAUCGCCUUUGAUUUCUACAGAUCUACCCAUAUCAUGUCCACCGAAGUGUUGAAAUGAUGUAAGAUUUUGCCACUUGUAAUUUAUUAAAUAGACUAUGCAUUUGUGUCCUGAUUUGAACGACUGUAUGCCAGGGUCGUGUGUACAAGUUAGGUGUUUGGUCUUCGUAUUCUGGGGACUCUAUAGUUUGUUCCCUGAGAGGGGAGAAUUUUUAUCGAGCAUUUCAUGUUUUUCUGUUGGGAUGUUAUAUUCCUCUAUACAAUGGUUGGAGCUGAUAGUCAAAGUCUUCCCUCUAAAUGAUCUUGUGUAAGAAAACCUACAUCCAUAUUUUUAAUAGAACUACUGUAGUCCAAAAAAGCUAAUCAAGACAAGUCCCCUGUUCGUAUUGUUGACAGUUCGUGCGGGUUGUUUUAUCUCUCAAAAUUAUCUCGACAUAUUAUUAUAUUAUGACAGUAAUUUCUUGUUAAAAUUUUCAUUGUAUUGCCCCUAAAGGGGAAAAAACAUACGUACGGUUGUAAUGAACAUCCUUUAAAGUUUUAUUAACACAUUUUCACUAUUCAACUAUUUUAUCGAAAUCACUCUAAAUCUGAAUUAGGGAAUGUUUGAUUUUAUUUACUUAGAGUGUUUAUUAAAGCCUCUGUUUCUAUACGUUGAAACCGAAUUAGAAAAGCAUGCUAUUGAACUUGUUCUCAUGUUCUGUUGAAACUGGUUGUGUGUAUUUUGAAUUUUAAUUUUCAUCAUGAAAAGAUAUACAUGUACGUUUGAUAUGCUCCAUUAUAUAAUGCAUUAUAGAUUAUAAUAAGCCAGUUAUUUAAAAAAAAACUACAAAAAAACAAACAAAACAAAUAAAAAUCCAGAGAACCACCCUCCACAAUUCAAAGGAAUAAUAACAGUAGUAAGUUUGUCAACAAUAUUGUCUUCCAAGUUUUAUCACUGUGAAGACAGAUUUGGUGGUAAAAAAGAUUUGGUGGUAAAAAAAUGGGUUCUUUGAAUGGGGCUCUUGAUUCGAGAAUCAGAUUAAGGGUCGUAGAUCUAAGUGUUGAGUUUUUGUUGCGUUGUUUUGUGUGUGUGUGGGGGGGGGGGGGGGUUCGUUUUUGACUGAAACUUGGGUUUUAUCAUGGAGCAGUUAUUUUUUUCAGACAUGAUUUGUGAUGCAUUAAAAGUAGAUGUUUGACUUUUAAGUAUUUUGAAAAAAAUGAAUGUUUUUCCCCCCGUUCUCAUUUAUGUUUUGUCCAAUUGUCUUUCUACUACCACAGAUUCUCAAUAGUUGGAAGCAAAAAAUAAAUUGUUCAUAAAAAUAGCUCAUGUGCUUUCAAACAACCUUAUUUUGUUUCAUUUCUUGUAUUACCCUCUUCUGGAUGCACUUCUGUCUUUUCUUGAAGUGAAGUCUUAUUUAUUGAAAAGUCUGACUUGUGUCCGUCAGAGCGUCACUUUCAACACAAAACGAACUUCUUUGGAUAGUGGGAACUGUUUUGAAGUUUUGCAAAUAAACACUUUGUGCUCAAUACACACGCCAUUCAAACAUGGACAAACUCUGGGAUCAAAUAUUUUAGAUGUGCUAUCUUCUUGCAAUAAUAUUUCAUACUACUAAUACUGUUUUCUUAAGCUC